AUGCUCUUAGUUAUCCCUUCAGGCAAGAAGAAGCGAGGGAGAGAGUCGGGCUCCUACUCCGGGGAGGUGAGGACGAACGAGGGAGGAGAAGGAGUGAAGGAGAGCGCCCCCCAGCCUCCGGACAUGAACCCUGUAAUCAACGCUACGACGGGCAGCACCAACAUGGCCCUCAUCAGUAGCGCCCUGGCAGCCUACAACUACAUAGCAGGUACAGCAACGUUAUAGCAAGUACAGCAACGACCACACAACGUUACAGCAACAUAGCAGGUACAGCAACAUUCAUUCACACGACGUUGAACCAACAUAGCAAGUACAACAUUCACACAAUUUACACCUUUAUAGAAGGUUGAACGUUCACUCAACCUACAGCUUCAUAGCAGGUACAGCCACAGUCACAUAACAUUACAGCAACUUUGCAUGUACAGCAACAUUCCCACAAUCUCUGAUGACCGUGAAGUAGAGAAGAGGUUAGUAUUGGGCUGUGAGGGUGUUAAGAUCAACACUUGUUGAUGCUAGGGUCCUGUAGUGGGUUGACAUUGCUACUUCAGUGUAUACUUUCUGCUAGGGUGGAUGUGAGUGGUGCAGCCGUUAAUCUAGACUGAGGUUCCCUCUCCACAGUGACUGAGAGGACGUAAAUACUGGCUGGAGGAAUGCAGACUUAGAGCAGAGAUGGGUCCCCCUGUAACUUCCACCACACACACACACACACACACAGCCACACUCUCACACGCACAUACACUGAGUAUACCAAACAUUAGGAACACCUUCCUAAUAUUGAGUUGAACAACCCCCACCCCCCACUUUACCCUCAGAACAGCCUCAAUUCGUCGGGGCAUGGACUCUACAAGGUGUCGAAGGCAUUCCACAGGGAUGCUGGCCCAUGUUGACUCCAAUUUUUCCCACAGGAGUGUCAAGUUGGCUGGAUGUUCUUUGGGUGGUGGACCAUUCUUCACAUGGGAAACUGUUGCAGUUCUUGACACAAACCGGUGCUCCUGGCACCUACUACCAGACCCCGUUCAAAGGCACUUAAAACAUUUUGUCUUUCCCAUUCACCCUCUGAAUGGCACACACACACAGUCCAUGUCUCAAUUGUCUCAAGGCUUAAUAAUGCUUAUUUAACCUGUUGUCACGAUCGUCUAAUGAGGAGGACCAAGGCGCAGCGUUGAAAGUGAACAUAGUAUUUAUUAGACUGAUCACACGAUCAAAAUAACUGACGAAAACGUGAUGUCUCUGGUUACAUACACAAACCAAAAUGAGAACAAGAAACCACAACACAAAGUGAAAAGCCAGACAGUUAAAUAUGGCUCCCAAUCAGAGACAACCAGCUGACACUCGUUGCCUCUGAUUGGGAGUCACUCAGGCCAACAUAGAUAUACAAACAUAGAAUCACACACCCUGGCUCAACAUAACAUAGUCCCCAGAGCCAGGGCGUGACAGUACCCCCCCCCAAAGGCGCGGACUCCGACCGCGCCAAACAACCACAACAGGGGAGGGACCGGGUGGGCACUCCGCCUCGGCGGCGGAUCCGGCUCCGGACAUGACCCAGGCACGGGUUGUGCUGGACUGACGACACGCACCCCUGGCUUGGUGCGUGGAGGAGGAACGGGCCUUACCAGGCUGACGACGCACACCGUAGGCUUGGUGCGUGGAGCAGGGACAGGCCGGACUGGGCUGGACUGACGAAGCACACCACUGACUUGGUGCGGGGAGCAGGAACGGGCCGAGCCGGGCUGACGAUGCGCACCACAGACUUGGUGCGGAGAGCAGGAAUGGGCCGGACUGGGCUGGCGACGCGCACCACAGACUUGGUGCGGAGAGCAGGAAUGGGCCGGACUGGGCUGGCGACGCGCACCACAGACUUGGUGCGGAGAGCAGGAACGGGCCGGACCGGGCUGACGACGCGCACCACUGACUUGGUGCGGGGAGCAGGAAUGGGCCGGACCGGGCUGACGAAACGCACCACUGACUUGGUGGGAGUAGCAGGAACAGGCCGGACCGUACUGGGAACACACAUCACUGGCCCUACGUGGGGAUCAGGAACAGGCCGGACCGGACUGGCAACACACGCCAGUACCUCUCGCCGUGCCUCUACAUCCUCCUUCCCCCUGGUGACCAGUGACUCCCGUAACCUGGCCGCCUCCUGCUGCCCCGUCGUCCACGGCGUUAGCCCCCCCCUAAAAAAUGUAUGGGCUUCACGCCUACCCGUGGCCAAGGCCUCCAUCCCUCUCGCCAGACUCUCACCCCACUGCUCCAAAGUCCAACCUCUCUCCUCUUCGCUUGGCUUGGCCCAGUCGAGACUCCUACUCCACUGCUCCCAAGUCCAUCCUCUCUCUUCUUCACGCUGCUUGGUCCUGUUAUGGUGGUUUCUUCUGUCACGAUCGUCUAAUGAGGAGGACCAAGGCGCAGCGUUGAAAGUGAACAUAGUAUUUAUUAGACUGAUCACACGAUCAAAAUAACUGACGAAAACGUGAUGUCUCUGGUUACAUACACAAACCAAAAUGAGAACAAGAAACCACAACACAAAGUGAAAAGCCAGACAGUUAAAUAUGGCUCCCAAUCAGAGACAACCAGCUGACACUCGUUGCCUCUGAUUGGGAGUCACUCAGGCCAACAUAGAUAUACAAACAUAGAAUCACACACCCUGGCUCAACAUAACAUAGUCCCCAGAGCCAGGGCGUGACACCUGUCUAAUCCCCUGAUUGAAGUCGAUUUAACAAGUGACAUCAAUAAGGGAUCAUAGCUUUCACAUGGAUUCACCUGGUCAUUCUGUCAUGGAAAGAGCCGGUGUUCUUAAUGUUUUGUAUACUCAGUGUGUAUCCACACAGGCAUGCACACACGCGCACACACAGCCACACUCUCACACACACAUAUACACACAUAUACACACACACACACACACACAGUACAUCCGUCCUCGUCCGUCACCUGCUCCAUCCAGCUGCUAAAACACACAGAGGAGAGAGGGAGGAGAAAGAGGGAGAGAGAGAGAGAAAAGUAUUUCCUGUUUCUAUACCUCCUACUCUUACGGCUAAAUAAACACACUUACUGGUGAAGUAACUGUACCGUACACACAAUCAGAUAACCAUACAGGACACUCAGUCCAAUAACCAUACCAUACAGGACACCGUCAGAUUACCAUACAGGACACUCAGUCCGAUAACCAUACCAUACAGGACACAGUCAGAUUACCAUAAAGGACACAGUCAGAAAACCAUACAGAACACACACUGUACUGGAUGUACAUAGGCCUGAGGGCCCUCCCUCCCUCUAUCAGACUGUGUGAUCUUCCCCUGUGAUUUAACCACUAUUGUCUGUCCCAGUCUCUGUGGUCAUGGGAGCAGAAGUGAAGAUGCUUUCAUUUCAAGCCAAUCUCUCUGUGUUCAAAAUUGUUUCACUGAGCAGUUGUGUAAGGCCAGCAUGUGUGAGGCAAGCAAAACAGGCUAAGCAAGUCAGAGUUAAAUUAGUUUUUGCUUUCAAAGGCAACACCUGUACUUGAAAUGAAUGAAUGAACUACAUAUGAACUAUGAGUAAUUUGUCUCUAUAUAUGAUAGUAUUUGACUCUCUCUCUCUCUCCCUCCCUUUCUUCCUCCCUGUCUCCAGACCACCCAGAGCGUGCAGCUCUCUACUUCUUGUGUGGCGUGUGCCUGGGCCUCUUCUUUACCCUCUUUGCUCUGGUGGUCCAGAUCUCCUGCCGCACUGACUGCCAACCCCGCCGUCGCCCCGGCACCACCACCAAGAAGCGCCCGCGACCUGCCGACUCCUCGUCCGACUCCAGAGACUCGGACUCGGACUGGGACACCACGUCGGACCUGUCGGCACGCCGCCACCGCCGCUUCGAGCGCACGCUCAACAUGAACGUGUUCACGUCAGCGGAGGAGCUGGAGCGCGCGCAGCGGCUGGAGGAAAGGGAGAGGAUCAUACGAGAGAUCUGGAUGAACGGUCAACCGGAUAUACCCGGGACGCGCAGCCUCAACCGCUAUUACUGA